AUGGACUUUGAGGACCAAGAGGAGGAGCACUCGGAAGAAGCCGGGUCAGAACCCGGGUACACCGACUCGCACCUCAACUCAGACUCGACCAGAAUGCCGAGCCCGUCGGAACCGGCGCCGCCACGUCGACCCCGCUACCGCGAGUGCCUCAAAAACCACGCGGUGGGCAUCGGCGGCCACGCCGUGGACGGCUGCGGCGAGUUCAUGCCGGCUGGGGACGACGGCACGAUGGAGUCCCUCCGGUGCGCCGCCUGCGGCUGCCACCGGAACUUCCACCGGAAGGAGAACGGCGGCCCGCCGCCCAUCAGGCAGUACCCUCCUCUCCUGGGCCACCGUCCGCCGGCGGGGUUUCUCCACCCGCCGCCACCGCACCAGAUGGGCGGGCCGCGGCUGGCCCUGCCGUCGAGCUCCGGCGGCGGGGGGUCGGGGAGCAAGAGGUUCCGGACGAAGUUCACGCCGGAUCAGAAGGAGAAGAUGCUGGGGCUGGCGGAGCGGCUGGAGUGGAAGAUACAGAAGCAAGACGAGGAUAUUGUGCAGCAGUUCUGCAGAGAGGUUGGGGUUAGAAGACAGGUGCUCAAGGUGUGGAUGCACAAUAACAAGCACACUCUCGGUAAGAAAACAACAACAACCUAG